UGCACUCAGGUGGCUCCGGAAUUUACAAGGCGACCUUGCGCGUAAAAACAAUAAAGUUCGGCCACCGCACAAGAGGUGUUGAUUCGAAGUGAGCUUUCAUUUUUCUUGAUCGGCAAUUCGUGAACUAAAGAAUUUAGCAAAAAAUUGGUUGCAUGCGUUUCACUCUAAUUUCCUAUAAACCAAAGUUAACGCAUGCUUUCAGAACUUGAUUGGAAAAGUCCGUCAUACAAAAUAGAGUAUAAAUAGAAACUGUAGACAGUUGAUUGGUAUCAGUUAAACGUUGGCAUUCAAUAGAGCUUGUAAGCAGCAGAGCAGGAAAUAAUUUAUAUUAAACUAAAAUGCAGAUCCUCCCGAGUAUCGUCGUCAUGGCAGUAGCACUCUCCGGAGUUACAUUUGCAGGAUAUGUUCCACAUGGGCAUGCUUCCAGCUACGCCACAUUAGUGCAACACAACCAUGCUGCUCACGGGUAUGCCGGUCACGAUGAUUCCCUGCAAUACGCCGGAGAUGGUCAAGGUCACUAUGAUCACCAUUACGAACACCAUGAACCUCAUCACUAUCCCAAAUACGAAUUCGAUUAUGGAGUAAAGGACGCACAUACUGGUGAUCAUAAAAGCCAAUGGGAGCAACGCGAUGGUGAUCAUGUCAAGGGCGGAUAUACUCUGGAUGAAGCUGAUGGCACCACACGCGUUGUGGAAUACACUGCCGACGAUCACAACGGCUUCAACGCCGUUGUGAAGAAAAUCGGUCAUGCCCAACACCCUCCGGUAUACCAUCAUGGGGACAAUUAUCACGGCGGAUAUUAACUCCAAUACAUGAAAGGACUAUUCUUCAGGAGUCGAAUUUGAUAAAGUUUUGUUUUUUCGCCAAAAAGGAAUGCUUGAUGUUAAAUGUACACGAAUUUUUAUUAUUUAUAGAAUAAGUACUAUGUAUUGUGCUACCGAACUAAACUAGUAAAAAUCUUGCCCAAUACAAUGAAAUUCAUGGAGUCGGUGUCCAUUUACUUGUUGAGACAUUUUUUACUUCUGUGGCUCCUUCCAUCGCGAAG